CUGCAGUGGUGUGGUAUGUUGAUUAAUUAGCUGGCAUGCAUGGUCGAUGUUGUUGCUGAGAAGUUUCUCCUCUCUGAUCCACCUUAUCUCUAUAUAAUUGGACCUCUUGCUAAAUUGUAAUUGCGCAUACGUAUUGAGAGCAUGACUUCUUCUUCUAUGGCCUUUCAAUCAGAAGCUUCUUCAUCUUCUUCAUCUUCUUCAUCCUCUUUGUCUUCUUCCACCCAUCUAUGGAAUCACGAUGUAUUCUUGAGCUUUAGAGGUGAAGAUGUUCGCUAUGGCUUUAUUUCCCAUCUACACCAAGGUUUGAAUCAAAGGGGAAUCAAAACUUACAUAGACAGCAUUAAUCUUGAAAGAGGGGAGGAAAUUUCACCGGUACUUUGUAAAGCUAUUGAAGAGUCAAUAAUUUCUAUCAUUGUACUAUCUAAAAAUUAUGCAGAAUCUAGAUGGUGUUUAGACGAGCUAUUGAAGAUUCUUGAUUGCAAGGAAACAAUUGCUCUACCAAUUUUUUACCACGUAGAUCCAUCGGAAGUACGGCAUCAAAAAGGGAUUUUCGGAGAAUCCUUUGAUAAACUUGGAGAUAAACUUAAGGAUAAUGCAAAGAUGCUGAAAUGGAAGGUAGCUUUGAAAAGAGUAGCUGAUUUGUCUGGUUUCACAUUAGCGAAGUGCCGGAAAGAGUCAGAAUUUAUCCUGGAAAUCAUUCAAUGGGUGGAUUUAAAAAUGGUAAAUCAAACACCUCUAAGUGUUGCCAAGUAUCCAAUUGGAAUAGAGUCUCGUAUACAAGAUAUUUAUCAGCAUUUAAGUAUUGGAAAUAAGGAUAUUAUAAGCAUUGUAGGGAUAUUUGGGACUGGUGGAAUUGGGAAGACAACUAUUUCAAAAGAUAUCUAUAAUCGGAUUUCUUCUCAAUUUGAAGGAAGUUGUUUCUUGGAAGAAGUUAGAGAAACUUCAAAACAAUUAGGAGGUCUGAUGAAGCUGCAAAAUACCCUUCUUUACGAUAUUUUAGGAACAAGUUUGGAUGUUCAUGAUAAGAACAGAGGCAUCAAUGUGAUUCGGGAUAGACUUCAUUCUAAAAGGAUUCUACUAAUUCUUGAUGACGUGGAUGAGUUGGUCCAACUAGAAAAUUUAGUUGGAGAUCGUGAUUGGUUUGGCUCAGGAAGUAGAAUCAUUAUAACAACAAGAGAUCAACACUUAUUAGAAGUCUUUGAAGUUGAUUUAAAGUACGAGGUGAUGAUUUUGGAUGACAAUGAAGCUCUUCAGCUCUUUAGUUUGCAUGCUUUCAAGGAAAAAGAACCACUGAAGGAUUUUAUGGACAUAUCUAAACAAGUAACAAAAUAUGCUCAAGGUCUUCCACUAGCUUUAACAGUGCUAGGUUCGGAUCUAAAAAGUCAAAGCAUAAAACAUUGGAAAAGUGCAAUGGAUAAAUAUAAAAACAUUCCCCACAGUGAUAUUCAGAAAGUACUCUUAGUGAGUUAUGCAGGUCUGCAUGAUGCUGAUAAGGAAAUAUUCCUUGAUAUUGCAUUUUUCUUCAAGGGAGAAUCUUUGGAAAAUGUCACGAAAAUAUUUGAUUCUUGUGGUUUUUAUCCGAAUCAUGGAAUCGAGAGGCUUAAAGACAAGUGUCUUAUUACUAUUGAAGGGCAAAAUAAACGUGUUGGGAUGCAUGACUUGCUACAAGCUAUGGGACGAGAAAUUGUUCGACAAGAAUCACCCAAAAAACCUAGCAAACGUAGUAGACUAUGGAAUCACGAGGAUAUCCAUAAAGUGUUGCAAGACAGUACGGGGCCAAACAAAAUUGAAGGCAUAGUGUUAGAUUUACCUAAAGAUGAGGAGGAGAUAAGGUUGCAUCCGAAAGCAUUUCUACACAUGAAAAGACUUAGAGUCUUUAUAAAUCGUAAUGCACGUUUUUCUUGUGGAUCCAAUUAUCUCUCUGACAAUUAUCUCUCCGAAGAGUUAAGAGUCCUUGAUUGGAAUAACUAUCCUUCACCAUAUUUGCCACGUAAUUUCCAAGGGAAGAAACUCAUUGUCUUUAGGAUGCAGCAUAGCCUCAUCAAAAAGUUAGGGGAUGGAUUCAAGCCCAAGAAUUUGACGAGUAUAACUUUCGAAGAUUGUAAAUUCUUAAAAAAGAUUCCGGAUCUUUCAAUCCUCUCAAAUUUGAAGGAAUUGGCCAUCCAAUUUUAUACAAGAUUAGUUGAGGUGCAUGAUUCCAUUGGAUCUUUGGAAAAUCUUUCUAUGUUGGAGUUUUUUCAUUGCUCUAAACUCCAAAUCCUUCCAAGAAGCCUCAACUUGAGAUCUUUAUGCUAUCUUGGUCUUCAGGAUUGCCCAAGCAUUCGUUAUCUUCCUGAAAUCGAGUGUAAAAUGGAAUCUUUAAUUGAAUUGAAUCUACGUGACACCGCAAUAGAAGAGCUACCUUUAUCCAUCGGGAACCUCGUACGACUUGAGUCUUUAUAUUUAAGAGGCUGCAAAAACCUUAUGCGUCUCCCAAUUGCUUGCAUUCAGCUACAACAUUUACGUUGGCUCGAGAUUGAUGGUAAUUUUCCAAAUCUUGUAAAGAAGAUGAGGGAUGAUGGGCUAUCCCUUAUGACUAUUGAGUCUACAAAAAUGGAAGAAGAGAUGUCAUUACGUGAAGAACGACUCCAUGAAUUGGCGUCUCCAACGAAUUCAAGCAAUGGGAGCACUGCAUUACAAUUGUUGAAUCUUCAAAAUUGUUUCCAAUCAGAAACACAUUUCUAUCCAAUAUCUAGUUUAUUUACCAUGUUUAACUCCUCUGCCAGUUUGUGUCAAUUAUAUCCAUUGCCGACUGAUAUUGUUUGCGUUCUCACGAGCAUCAAAGAUAUUAUGAGCCUUGAAUCUCUUUCCUUGAGCUAUUGUUGUAAACUUGAAGAAAUACCAGAGCUUCCACCAAAUAUAAGAGAAGUAGAUGUUAGGGGAUGCAAGUCAAUUGAAAUGUUUCGGGAAGAAUUAAAAAUAUUGGAACUCAAUGGAAGCUGCUACAAAUUGCAUGAGAAUAGAUGGAAUGAUAAAGUGCAAGAUCCUUUAUUGUGGAAGGGAGUCUAUGAAUAUGAUGCUACUUUGUUUCUGGAAAAUCAGAUUCCAAAGUGGUUGAGUUAUACUCAUGAGUUUUUAAAAGGUAAUGGAAUGGUGAAGGGGCCAGAUAAUUAUGUCAAACCAAGGGGAGAAGAAGAUUGGGUGAUAAAUAUUAAGGGGCCGCACAAUUUGGAGGAGAUAAAUGGAAUUGUACUGUAUAUCACAAUAUUUUUAAAGAUGCUUCAGUGGAUGGUACAAUUGAUCAUACUAAUGCUAAGAUAACCAGUAAGAGGUUAGAUCAUGUAUGCUGUAUUGAAGGGGUACAAUUGGUUAAUAAGGGUUGGUACCGCAAGGGAAAUAGGACUGGACUAGCUGUAUGGAUGGGGUACUCCAAUUUAAAAUCUUUUAAACUACCGGUUUUGAAAAAUUUGCAAGUUCAAUUUGAUCUUCGUUGUAAAGGGAUGGUGUGGUUUUUUAAAAAUUGCACAGCCAGAGUGGUAUACAAGAAUGAAAGUAAGUCGCCCCUCUUCCUUUGAUUUUCAAGUAUUAUUUUCUGACUCUGCCUAUUAUAAUUUCCUCCUCUCUGCGUAUUAUAUUUUUUCCAUUUCACUUUGUACAUUUAAUUUUGUUUCUGGAAUGAUGAUUUUACUUAUAGCCAUGUCAUAGUCGAUGCCAUGGUGCUUCUUUGAAGCUUCACAAUGUGUCGCUUCCAAAAUAACUUGCAUCUCUGUGCUGUUUUUGAGACAUUGCCCUGUUUUGGGCCCCAAUAAAAACUUAGCUUCAUUUGGUAUUCUUUUUUGCACUUCAAUUUUGGUAUUCUUCAAAGCCAUAUAAUAGAAGAGCAUGAAGAGAGUGAAAAAUCAUCCAGGUGUCCUGCGUGAAGAUGGUUGUUUAGGCGGAAUCUUCCAUUUUUUUUUUUCUAUUUCCCUGUUGUCUCAGCAAACAAACUGUGUAUGGAGAGAAGCAUGCGCAUGAGGAGAUUGAAUCAAAGCAAUGAAUGUACGAAAUGAAUGAAGUUGAGACUAUACUUUUGCCUUUUGUCUAGUAAUUUUCUUUUGGGCUUUUCCCUGUUUGCAGCAUUGGAGCCUAUUGAUACAAAAGCAUGAAGAGAGAGUGGAAAAUCAUCCAUGUGUGCUGCAUGAAGAUGGAUGUUUCCAUGGAAUCUUCAAAUUUUGUUUUCUAUUCCCCUGUUUUAUCAGCAACCAAACUGUGGAUGGGGAGACGGAUGGGCAUGAGGAGAUUGAAUAGGAGCAAUGAAUGUAUUGGAUGAAUAAAGUUAGAAUUGUACUUUUGCCUUUUGUUCCAAAGGUUGAACUGUACUAGUUUUUAGGUAAAUAGUGCUCUGCUAUCAGGGUCUUGUUCCAUUUUAUAGUUUUUCUGCGUUUUAGCAUUCUAGGCACAAAUUCGUCAUCAAUGAUAAAUGAUGUUGAGGUUGGAAGUUCGUAGUAGGCAUAUUCCAAGGUUUCAUUGUCUUUGGAUUGUGUAUUUUGUAGAAUUUGUGUGAUUUGGAAAUUUCGAAGGCUGCAAGUUCCACUUUGAACACCAUUGAGUUUCAAGGUUUAUAGGGAAUUUGAAAUUAAUGGGAUCCUGCGUUGGAGUGAGAUUAGAAGAAUCGCCAUAUGUAAGGUUAGUCAUGUUCUUUGGAAAAAAUAACCACACUGGUACUGGAAAGGAAAGAGAUUCAUGGAUUUCAAUAUUGAACAACAUAAACUUGCACGGUAUUGGAAUACAAAGUUACCGAUUAUCAUAUUUAAGAGGAUGAUGAAUAUUUUUGUUCUUUUUUAAUUAAAUAAACUUGUAUCGUAUUGGAAUUUUAGACUUUGG